GCCCGGUGCCGGUUCCCGUGCCCUGUCCCCUCCUGCCGGCUCGCUGCCCGCUGCCCGCGGCGCGUCCCUGGCACCAUGUCUCGAAGAUAUGACUCCAGAACUACCAUAUUUUCUCCGGAAGGUCGCCUGUACCAGGUGGAAUACGCCAUGGAGGCCAUCGGCCAUGCGGGCACCUGCCUGGGAAUUCUCGCAAACGAUGGAGUUCUGCUGGCAGCGGAGCGGCGCAACAUUCACAAGCUCCUGGAUGAAGUGUUCUUCUCAGAGAAAAUAUACAAACUUAAUGAGGAUAUGGCGUGCAGCGUUGCAGGAAUAACUUCAGAUGCUAAUGUUCUAACCAAUGAGCUGAGACUGAUUGCACAGAGGUAUUUGUUACAGUAUCAAGAGCCCAUUCCUUGUGAACAACUUGUGACAGCAUUGUGUGAUAUCAAGCAGGCUUAUACACAGUUUGGAGGAAAACGUCCUUUUGGUGUUUCAUUGCUCUAUAUUGGCUGGGAUAAGCAUUAUGGAUUUCAGCUGUAUCAAAGUGAUCCUAGUGGAAAUUACGGAGGGUGGAAAGCCACAUGCAUUGGGAAUAACAGCGCUGCAGCUGUGUCAAUGCUGAAGCAAGACUACAAAGAAGGGGAGAUGACCUUAAAGACUGCCCUGGCAUUGGCUAUUAAGGUUCUAAACAAAACCAUGGAUGUCAGCAAGCUCUCUGCUGAGAAAGUUGAAAUUGCAACACUGACAAGAGAGAACGGAAAGACAGUAAUAAGGGUUCUGAAGCAAAAGGAGGUGGAACAAUUGAUAAAACAACAUGAGGAGGAGGAAGCAAAAGCUGAACGUGAAAAGAAGGAGAAAGAACAAAAAGAGAAGGAUAAAUAGAAUAUGAAAUCAAGUGUUCUCUAGAUAAUAAAGGACCUGCUUCAGCAAAAGAUAAUCUGGAUUUCUGUGCUGUAGAAGCCUACAGCUAUGCCAUGGAGGACCCAGAAGUACUUUUGAUGAACCAGGUUCUUAGUCAUCAUUUAGAUAAUUAGUUUACUGCUCCUUACAUUGACCAAUAAUUGCUUUAAUUCUUGAACACUCUUUCUUUCAUCUACUUUUUAUUAUGGAAUAAAAUUUAAGAAGAAUA